AUAACGUUCUAAAUCCCUGUUAUUCCAAUUUUUAAGCAAAGGUUAUUUGAGAAUUUUGAUAGAUCCACAAGUGAAGUUAAUCGCAUUAGUGAAACUAGACUGGAAGCUAGUUGUCUUGGUGUAACAGGCCGGAUGGGUAAAUUUAAUUAGGGUCACAAUGUCGGAUCGAGUUGGCUCAAAAGCGGAGCCUUCUGGCCUCGAUGGUCUGCCUCCAAUGUUCAGCAUUUCCAAAGGAGAAGUGGUCUCUGUCCAAACGUAUGGGGCAUUUGUUCGACUUCCAGGGUACAAGAAUCAGGGACUGGUUCAUAUUAGUGAAAUGUCAGCGUCCCGAGUUGAAAAUGCUUCUGAGAUUGUGGAUGUGGGAGAGCAGGUGUGGAUCAAAGUCAUUGGGAGAGAAAUUCAAGGUGAAAAGGUGAAGUUAUCUUUCUCCAUGAAAGCUGUCAAUCAGGGCACCGGCCGGGACUUGGAUCCCAACAAUGUUAUGGCUGAACAGGACGCACGAAGACGCAGACAGUUCAAAGAUGGUACAAGAAACAAAAUCACACUGGAAGCUGUACUUAAUACAACUUGUUCAAAGUGUGGUUGUAAAGGCCACUUUACAAAAGAUUGUUUCUCAGCACCUGGUUUGCAGUACGCACUUCUGCCUGAAGAGGAUGAUGAAGAGCCAUUACAGCAGACCUCUGCAUCUGCAACAAGGGAUGACACUGACAAACGAAAGAAAAAGAAGGAAAAGAAAAUGAAAAAGAAGAGGAAGAGGGAACGAAAGGACUUAGAGAGUGACAAUGGCAGUGACAGCAGCAGUGAAUGCAAAUCUAAGAGACAGUGUCACGACAGAGAAGACAGAAAGAAGAAAAAACAUAAGAAACACAAAUCUCACAGACAUAGCUGAUACACACAGUUAACUCAUAGUUAACUGGUACUUCACAUCAAUUUUAAAAAAUAUGGUCACUAAACAUCCAAUACCAUAAAGUUUUUUUUUUUGUUUUUGUUUUUUAGACUUAGUAUAUUUAUAGCACAAAGGCUUUCAGGUAAAAAAAAAACAGCACUGUAAAGAAUUACUAACUGUGGCUCCCUGUUUUCCUGAAGUAACCUUUGCCUUUCCCAGUGGGUCGAGUACAAUCAUCAUUUGUAAUUCGAGAGGGGUAAGCAAUAUAGCAGCAUGUGGCUAUCCCGUUUGGAGACCAGUUAUGGUUUAUGGCUCUCACAUAUUAUAUGCUCAGUGAAAUCAAUAAUCAAGAAUUCUUCCAGUGACUAGUAAAUUUGCAUGCUCCUACGUACAGGAAGUUAAGUGCAAUUACAGGAAAUGUAUUGUGACAUGAAUACGUUUGACAGGAACCUCCUGUGAUAAUGAUAGACAUCUUUCAUUUUUUGCUAAACUUUAGUGAGUAAUCUUGUUCUUGUAUGUUUGUUGCAUUCCAAUAAUGAAAGCUUUUACUAUGUAAUAGAUAAAAAGACUGAAGAUCUAUUUCUACCCUGACUAAACUUGUUAUUUCUGUAAUGUUAGGUGAAAAACACAUUUAUUAUCUUCUAGAGGGGGUCUUAUUCAGUUUCUUUCCAGUGUCACAGGGGACAACUAUUAAACCUGAUACACACAACAGAUUUUAGGCAGGUCAGUGAGGAAAAUGUUAGCAGUACAGAAUAGUUUUUCUAAAACCUUUUUCACACAAAACCUAACCACCAACACUGAUUGAUUUUUUUUGUUUCUGCUGCUACUUUGACCUAGUUUUUUGUUUUUUUUAUGAAGCAUUGUGACAUUGUUUCCAGCUGCAGACUAGAGCAUACCAAAGAUGACUUUAGCUUAUUACUAGUCUUGUAAAUGUUACACUACACAAUUUUUUUUUCACACACACCUUUUGACUUUGGUCUUGUGAUAGUUUAUGCCAAGAAAUAGGUUUCAGGACAUUUGUGUCAAGUGCCUUUGUAUAUAAAACAACUGGCCUUGUACUGAAGCAAAUCCACCUGCACUUCUGUUGAUGGUUGGUAUUCUCUGCUUCUUGUUCAUAACCUGGUGUUUACAGUGCAGCUUAAAGGUGUGCUGUAACAUUUUAGUGAAACUAUAUAAUCUUUAGAAAAGGUUUUGGCAUCUGCAGUCUUAAUUACAUACUGGUUGUUUGUUUCAUUUUCUCAAUAAAUUCAUAUGAAUGAUG